CAGUCUUGAUUUCGCAACCUCCUAAUGGGCCUUGCGCUCUCGACGCAAUUUGAGCGAUGCCCUACUGGCACGCGGCUUCUGGCAGCUCUCUAUGGCAUUAGCUGUGGAGGUCCGCUGGUGCUAUCCUCUCUAGGCCUCCCAACUGAUGCAGCAGUUUGGAGACUCUUCCUUUGCUGUACAGCCAAUGUGCUCGGUCGCAGGAAUUUGGCACCAAUCAUCCUUUCUGUGCUAUAUCGGCCACUGGGCAGUGGACAGGAUGCCUUGCUGGCUCUCACAGAGCUACAGAUGGCAGUCUCCUUCCUUCCAGCACGAGAGCAAGAACUUGGCUCUCUGCGUUUUUUGCUUUGGCUUGGAAUGAACUCAGCUGGGAGCAACGUGCUGUUUCUCCUCUUCCUCAAGCUCUAUAGUAAACUUUCUGGAUACUGUGCGGAAUUCCGAUCGAAUCAAGGGCCGUGGAGCCUAGCUGUGAUUUGUUUAACCCUUCAAGCUUUGGAACAUCCGCACGUACGCACUAAUUUGCUGGGUCUGGUGGAGAUUUCACAGAAGUGGUACCCCUUGGCGAUUGGACUUUUGCUGUCAGCUCUUAAUGGCUCAGUGCAAUGGGAGACAUUUGCAGCUGUCCUUUUCGCUUAUAUUUGGCGGACUUUUCGCUUGGACAGAGCUUUACCAUCCAGCCACACAGCUGCGAAGCUGGAGGACCAGUUGCGGCUUCCAGGGCUGCUGGGCAUGCUUGGAGGCCAUUGGGUACCAGCGACAUCCAGGCCUCCCCGACAGCCGAGACAGCUGAGAGAGCCAAGAGACGCCGGCCGAAGAGUUGAACCAGCUGGCUUCCGACUCUUUGGUGGUCGAGGGCACCGCCUUAGUGAUUGAGGUUCACUCUCAAAUUGGCAGGGACUGAAUUUCGAUGCACUUCUGUAGGACUUGACAAGACAAGCUGAGCCUACACCGUGGACUUGUUUGAUCGAGUGUUUAGACUUUAUAUAUGUGUCGUUCCAACGCCCCGUGGACUGGGUGCAGAGUGUGCGUACGCCCGGGCAGAAUUACAUGACAGAGGACUCUGCUGGGCAGCGAGUGGGAAACAUGCGUGCAAACCAGUGUCGCAUGAAGGCUGACUUGGUACAAGUCUGAGAGAGUUGAAAGAGCGCUAGCAAAAACUGCAUCCCAAAGCCAAGGAUGUCAUAUUGUUUGCCAUUGCUAAAGCUGGAUCUGCUAAAAUGAAGCGACAGUCGUUAUGGAGGGCAUUGUGGCAGAGAUCGUCUGGACACGCGCAGGCGAUUCUGGCAUUCUGCUAUGCAGCACGGAGGCCUGGCUAUGGCCGUUUGGCAUUUGCAGAUGGUUUGGGAGGUGAAGGCCGCGGCAAUGAAAGCGCGCAGCAGUUAGUUAGCAUGGCUCCUCCGGUGAUGCAGCCGAUGCUUAAACGAUGCAUAGACUUGGUGGGCUGGGAGACAUUGGAAAAUACCCUGACGGUGGACUGGUUGCGCUUUACUUA